CUGACAACAUCCUGAAAUGGGUCUGUUAUCCCACCUCGCGAGCCCGCAUUCUCACGCACUGCUUGUCAUGUAUACUUCGCAUCGCAUAUUUACAUUGGAUGAUCCAACUGCAACCCAAACCGCAGCGGCUUUCCCCAUUUGAUGAUGAAACGAGAUGGAGAGCCGAAUCUGAUUUCGACCUCCCGCUUGCCGCCACGCUACCUCUUUCCUCUUCUCACCUGGUUCAGUCACGACGACAUGACUCCAAGAUCCAUGUGUACCCGACUCUCUGGAUUCAAAGCUCACGAGGACCUUCUUGGACUUCUCUCAGGCCGGAAUACCAGCUGCAUCUAUCUCGGAUUCAUGUUCGUGGUGUCACUGGACAGUUCAGGACGGGAAGAAUGCCAAAUCCCACUCGGUUUGCUUGUCAAGUGGGAGUGAAAGAUAUGUUUGUUUCAUACUGUAUAACUUUCAUGACACACCUGACUGGCUGGGGAAGCUAUGGUCGCUAUGUUUGGUGAGGUUGGCUGCUCGUCUCUCUCUUCAGUUUCUCUUCAGGCUACCACUUGGUUGGCGGUCAGCGGUUUCAUGAAGACCCAAAUACUCCUGCCCACAAGCGCCCUAUCCGCUCGCCAUCGAGAACUGCGUGGGCACAACUCGAUUCGGAAACAAAAGAAGGCCUGUGAACGGUGCCCGUGUCUUCCCAGACUUGGGGUUCUCGAGCUUACCAGUGAGCCGGCGCCCGCUCAUCGGCAUCCAAAGCAGGGCACCGAUGGUUCGAGACGUCCCGUCCAGUCCCAAAGCUUCACGGCGCCCAUUGCGCAUUCGUGCAAAGCGAAAGUCAACAAACCCACCUUCUCCGAGUUCCAUCCCAUCUCCGAACCCCGUUUCAGCCGCCGUUGCCCUUCUGCCCCCGAUCCGGGCCCAACCAGCCGAGCCAACCCAGCCAAACAGCAGCUGAAGCUGAACUGGCACUGCAAAGACUCCCGCCCUUACCCACCAGCUGUCGCUAUGCGCGACACAAAUAUGCGGAACGGUAACCGACCACAAGUAUCCCAGGGUAGUCACGGUACUGGCGCUCUUACCGACAUGCCCAGCGGAAACUCGGCCGUCGCCGGGUCCAGCUGGCCGACCAUCAUCCCCAUGUCCACCAUAGCAGGCGAGGAUGGGGUAAUAAACUACCAGGUGGAGAACCAUCAAGUAGUGAUCGGCCAACCACUUAAUCACUUUUCUGAGAGCGGUAGCGAGUACGAAGACGUCGAGGACGAGGAGCACCAACACGAAGACGGCCAAGGCGAACAAGAAGUGGAAGAGCACGACGACGACACUGACGGACAUGAAAGUUUGUUCUAUGGUCACCACUACCUGCAUACUGAUCAAAUGUUGAGCCACCAUCCGCAGCCCUCCUUCUACCUUGGCCUGGACGGUUAUCUCUCCGACGACGUCGACAUGUCCGACGAUGCGGGUGCUCCCUUGGUGAACUACUUACAAGUGGCCAACUUGCUCACUAACGACAUGGAUACCGAUGUUUCAGACCUGGGUGGCGAGCAUGGCUCUCCAUAUGGGUUGAGCAUGGCGCCCGACCAUGAGGAUAGCAUUAGCAUGACCUCCUCCCUAUCAGACGAAGAGCAGUUCUCACAGUACCCUCCAGCACCUUUCACGCCCUUCACCCUGGACUUGGUCAACCAGAUGCUGGCCACAACUGGGCAAGGUUGGCUGCCUACGACGACCGCGUCACAGGUGAUAUCCGGCAUCAUCAACACGGUGCAUCCCCAAGUUCCGCCUACAACGUUGCUUGAUACCUUUCCUCACCCAGCUCACGGUCCCAAUCUUCAUAGCAUGACUAGUCUUGGUCCAAGCAACUACUGCCUCACCCAACUGUUGUAUGACUGGGCUCGUCCAGAUCAUCGAGGACAAGGAGUACAUUUACCUAGGGGCCCCUAUCCAUGGCCCAGCAGAAUUGCGGACCUCGCUGCCCAGAAGCUCUCACGGAUACGCUACAAAGACCUUUCUGGGGAUCAAUGCGAUUUUCAAGGGGUGAACUGGGAAGAACUAGGGGUAACUAGGCAGGAGGCACGGCAACGUAGACUCCUGACCUACAGGAACUACGUCAACGUGUCGGAGUCUGACAAGUGGGAUGAAAAUUGUCCCGAUGUUAGCUUACCUUGCACCGAUAGUUUCUUCAAGUUCCGGCGUAUGGAUUUCAAGUCCAACAUCAACUUGUCGCACUUUCAACUACGAAACAUAUUGGCCACCACCUCCCGUACUAAGAUCUUUUAUCCCGGCAGCGGCGCUGUACACCAGUUCAACCCAGUCUCGGGGAAGACACGAGUAGUUAUGAAGCUCGGCGAUGCCCAGGGCUCACAUGUAUCUACUAUGGCCGCCGGUCGCGGCGUCCUCAUAGCGGGUAGCUUCAAUGGAGAGUACACACUUCGCCAUAUGGACUCUGACGAGCCAGAGUCAUCAGCCUGCCACGAGGGUAUCAUCACCAGCAAUCAAAGUGGCAUUACAAAUCAUGCCCAAGUCUAUCAAGACCGGAAUUCCGACAGACCUCUGGCUGGCUUUGCAUCGAACGACGCCAUCUUCCGCGUCUUGGAUAUCACUACCGAGAAAUGGCUUUUUCACGAAGUUUACGAUUUCCCGCUGAAUUGCACCGCGGUCUCUCCUGACCGUCGCUUGCGUGUCGCUGUUGGAGACCAUAAGAACGUCUUCAUCACCACGACCGAGUCGACGCUGGGAGGUGGGAAACCCCAAGUCCUUCAAGAGCUCUCCGGUCAUCGUGACCACGGCUUCUCCUGCGCCUGGGCGGACGAUGGAUGGACAGUAGCCACAGGUUUUCAGGACAAAGCAAUCACGAUUUGGGACGCCCGCCGUUGGACAGACAGCAACGGGUCCUCGACACCACUAUGCACCAUACGUGCUGAGAUGGCCGGAGUCCGCAACUUGCAAUUCUCGCCGAUCGGCAGCGGCAAGCGUGUCCUCGUCGCAGCCGAGGAAGCCGACUACAUCAACAUCAUCGAUGCACAGACCUUCCGUUCCAAGCAAACAGUCGACGUCUUUGCCGAGAUCGGCGGUGUCUCAUUCACAAACAGCGGGCAGGACCUCACGGUGCUGUGCUACGAUCCGACACGAGGAGGCCUUCUGCAGUUGGAGCGGUGCGGAAUGAGUCAGAUGAUGACAGGGGACUUCGACGAGCGAGGCUUGGAUUAUCGAUAUUAUGGGCGGCACAUGGGAGAAAGGGGUGACUCUGACUGGCUACAAUCUUCUUUCACCGAGGAGAAGCGCAUCAAGGAUAGCGUAGUUUGGAGAAGUCAAAGACGCGCGGCGCUAGCUGAUCUAGGGCCUUUUUGA